CUUACAGAUUGGGAGCUGCAGGCAUCCUGCACGGCCAGAGCUGCAGAGGUGAUCAAGAAGAAAGCAAAGCUUAGAUUACUCAUUUGCAAUUAAACCCGCAACUCCUUGGCUUGAGCACGUACGGAGGAAGGAAAGAGCAGCAAACUUUUGAAGAUCUUGAAACGCCUUUUGGAGUGACUCAGGUUUCAGAGAAGUGUUGCAAAACUGCGUUUCAUGCAGAAAACAGCCUGAAAUUCCCCUUUCUCCGCCCCUCCUUCCUUUUACAUCCUUUAUGAGGCUGCACUUUUCAAACAAGACCUCUCAGUUCAGAUAGCUAAUCGAGAAAGAAACUGUCAGCUGCUGCCGAAAGAUAAAAAAAAACAUAAUUCAAUGAAGCGAAAGUAAUCUUGUUAUUCUUCUUCAGCCAUGGCCGAGUGCGACCCACUGGAGAGUCUGCAGAAAGAAGCAUCUUGUUCCAUCUGCCUGGAUUAUUUCAGUGACCCAGUGUCCAUCAACUGCGGGCACAGCUUCUGCCGGGACUGCAUCACACGAUGCUCGGGAAAAUCAGACCGGAGAUUCACCUGUCCCCAAUGCCGAGGAAUUGCCCAGAAAAGAAAAUUUAGACCAAAUCGUGAGCUGAGGAACCUGGCGGAGAUCGCCAAGAAGUUGAGCUCAAGGGCAGGGUAUGUGGCCGAAGCGGGCAGCCUGUGCCUGAAGCAUCAGGAACCGCUCAAGCUCUUCUGCCAGGAGGACCGGAUGGCCAUCUGCGUGGUGUGCGACCGCUCCCACGCUCACCGUGCUCACACUGUCGCCCCCAUUGAAGAAGCUGCCCAGGAGUGCAAAGAGAAAAUCCAAAGCAAACUGAAGAGCCUCAAAGAUGAAAGAGAAAGGCUCCAAGGAUUAAAACUCACUGGGGAGAAGAGAAGCCGGAAGUAUCUGCAGCAGACAAGAGCCGAGAGGUGGAAAAUCAAGUUGUUGUUUAAGCAGCUGCACCAGUUCCAGGAUGAGCAGGAACGUCUCCUCCUGAUGUGGGUGGAGGACGUGGAGAAGCAGAUAGUGCAGACCCAGACAGAGAAUGACAGGAAGAUCUCCACAGAGAUCUCCCACCUGGGCAACCUCAUCCAGGAGCUGGAAGGGAUGAGCCCACAGCCGGAAAAUAAAUCCCUGCAGGAUGCCAGGAGUGCCUUGACCAGGUGUGAAGCAAGGAAUUUCCAGCAACUGACAGAGAAGCUUCCCAGAGUGGAAAAAAGACUCAAGGAUUUAUCUCAGAAAAACAUCAUUCUGAAGGAAGCCCUGAGGAAAUUCAAAGAGAGUCUCCCAGUUGAACUGGAUGUGCAAUGGGCAAACGUGACUCUGGAUCCAGACACAGCAAAUCCCCACCUCAUCCUCUCUGAGGACCGGAGGAGCGUGAGAUGGGAUGAAACGCCACAGAAUUUGCCCAACAAUCCCCAGAGAUUUGAUACCUACUGCUCCGUGUUGGGUUGCGAAGGCUUCACGGUGGGGAGGCACUACUGGGAAGUGCAGCUAGGGAGCAGGGGAUUUUGGGCUGUGGGGGUGGCCAGAGACUCGGCGUGGAGAAAGGGUUGGAUUAACCUUGACCCCUCCCAGGGGAUUUGGGCUGUUGGCAUCUGUGGGGACAGGUUUCAAGCUUUCACCUCCUUCGAAACAGUCCAGACUCUGAACGGGAGGCCAAGGACUAUCCGGGUCUCUCUGGAUUAUGAGAAGGGACACGUGGCUUUCUUCGAUGCCGAUAAUGAAACCUUGGCUUUUGCUUUUCCUCCAACUUCUUUCAAUGGAGAGAAAAUCCUGCCUUUCUUCUGGGUUUGGGAGUCCAGGAUCCAGCUGACUCCCUGAGACAGGAUGGGCAGCAAGAUGGACGUUACAUGCUCUCGACAAGCCUUUGGUUUGAUUCAGGAAACCACGCUAUAUUUCAGGACUCUACAGACAGUAAAGAAUAAAGUGGAGCAAAUGAGUCCCGGUGUCCACUUUGAAUCUCAUUCUCAUGGGGUUUUUCAAGAGCAGCAGAUUGAGAAGGGAUCAUCUUGGGCAGACCUCUGGAUUUUUUUUAACAUUUGGGGACUCUCCAGGAUAUUGCUAGGGAAUAUCACCCUGGGACAAGCAGGUCAAUGAAGCCUGCAAUUUGUGCAAGAGCCUCUGGCACACCAAUUUCACUGCUUUAAUCCCUCCUACUCCUCUCCCAUCCUUUCCAAUUUUUCCAUACCUUGACAUUCAACAAUGUUAACUGUUGACAUUUCUGUGCCUUAAAAUAUAUCUUGGUCUUUUAAUCAUUAAAGGACUGUUCCUGGAUAUCUGCAAACUUGCGACGAUGAGGAAUUAAAAGUAAACAUGUGAUUCAAAG